AUGCUCGACCACAUCAUGUCGUACUAUGAUGUCGACUCUAUCUUGACAGACGCCCAGAAACUGCCCUGUACCUUCGAGCUGGAGGUGCCCGGCCUGGGCAUCCUCGAAGGCAACCCGGGAGAAGAUAUCAAAGCCGGCACCCGCAUGGAUCUCCCACUAUGGCUGGGGGAAAUGCUCUCGAUCGGAGCCCGACUGGGCACCUCCCGUCUCGUCACGCUGGACAUGCCCGACGCCCUGUCCGAGCGAGUGAUGAAUGCGUUAAAGGCCGAUCCUCGCACCGUGGACUUGCGCGCGCUGGCCCCGCAUUUCUACAGCCUGAGCGAGCGCAUCCUCGAGAUCUUUGAAGAGGAGGAGAUGGUCGAUGUCUUGAGUGAUACCUUUAAGAAACGGGCGGCAGAGAUUGCAGACCACGCCCAUAACCCGCGGGGAGCAAUGGGCGAGGGCGUGGAUUUCCUGCGCGGUCUGGAUGAGACGGAGCGGCAAUCGCAAGGGAAUCUGAGACGGGUCUUGCUCCACGGGCCUCUUCCGAUUGGCGAUGAUGGUGUUAAUGCACCGAUUAUCAUGGAUCGAAAAUCCCACAGGCGGAGCUCUGGUGCCUUGCACCAAGCUGCUCCUCCUCCCGCCGGGAUCCCCGUAUAUCAUCCCCAGCCCGCGCCGCAGACUCGCAGCGUGUCGAACAAGUGCCGUUCCAGUCACCCACCGGACCGUCCUCAACAUCCAUCGCUUUCCCGCGUCAAGGGUCGGAGCAACAUGUAUACGCCGCCGCGAAUGAGUACCGAGAUUUCUUGGCUGAAUGACCAGUCGCCGAUCGGUUCCGGCACAAGGACCCCUCCGCAGUGCAAAACCCCCGAGAAUGGCACCCCGACAUUGGUGAACCCUGCAUCGGCUCUCUUACAAGAUCUACUACAUGAACAACGCGCACAUCGAGGCUCCCGAGGGCCUGCGUCUGUGAACUGGGAGGAUGAUAAUGGUCCGCGGACCCCCAAGGGCGCCGGGGUGCCGGACGACAGUGCUUCCGAGAAGGCGCGGAAAAUCAGCGAUGCUCUCUCAGCUAGUCUGAGGCAGCCGCGAGAAAUGGGAAUGCGCGAAAUGGACCAGUAUAUUUCUAAUAUCAACAAGCUCAACUUUGAUUUGAAGCUCGAGGUUUUCCAUCGCGCGCAACAGAUGGGUGUUAUGGAAAAGAAACUAGUGCGCAUGCAGGAGAUGGAAGAUGAGCUCGAGCGGAUGCAUGAGUUGGAAGAAGAGAUGGAGGAGCUUCGGGCCGUCAAAAAAGAUAACGAAGGGCUUCGUGCCGCGAACGAGCAACUCCGCCGGGAGCUUGACAAGCGGGACCAAGCAGUCACUGAGGCUGUGGAAUUGAUCUGCCAGCUGGAAGCCAAAAUUGAAGAGCUCGAGACCAGUGGACAAUCCUCUCGGAUGUCUACUGUGGAUGUCAUGGACAUGCCGACGCCAAAAGCCCAGGAUUUUGUCGUCGAUAUUCCGGAGAGGACUUCAUCCAAGCGAGGCCAGAAGAAGCAGCAAUCUAUUGAGCCUCGCCAGCUCACCAAGGCCCCUUCAUUUCUACGGGACGACCACAAAAGCACGGCCACCCUGCGCAGUCUUUAUGCUCCAGAGACCAACGGCUCGACGGUGAGCCAACUUACCAAAUCGGAGAGCUUCCAGACAUUGAACGACACAGCAGAGCCCGGGUCGCCCCGAUUGAGCGUUCUCAGCGAAUGUAGUGAACUGAAUCCGUUCGAUACCCCGUCGAGGUGGGAUGACUUCGACCAACUCGAAAUCCCGGUCCGGCAAGAAGCAGCGUUAUCAAGCACUGCAAGCCUGGACAGCAACGCGCCUCCGAUGCACCGAGAGGAAAGCAAAGAAGAACAGAUCGAUCGCUGGAUGGAGUCACGGCCCGACAUGUCCCAAACUAUCAUCGCCAGACGGAAGAACCGAAAAUUCUCCGAUGCAUCGAAGACAGACAAUCCCAGCUUUGAGAGCGUCUUCAAAUCUAGCCGACGCCCGCAACCGGACACGGUUUUUGGGGGCGUACGACUGCCUCCCACACCUGACACCAUGAGCACAGCCAACGCCCGCGUGCACAAUGGCUCGAAUGGGAGUGUUGCAGUCGACAGAAGUCCCCAGCCGGAGAAGACCGCAUUGUUUAGCGGGCCGCGGCUGCAACGGCCACGGUCUGCAGACGCGCUCACGACUAAGCAUAGCUUCAACAGUGAGCUCACAGAUAGCAUGCAGACAAACUGUAGCGAUACACCUCGUCUGGGAAUGACCAUUGCCGAAUCUCCCACUAUCUUCACGUUCAACACCGUCGCCGCCAAGGCUAGCGUGCUACUUGGACCCGGAAGCCCAAACAACAUACAAUCAUUUGCUGAUUCCCUGCACCAUCGCCAAGGGUCUAAGGAUUCUUCCAAGGAGGAAGCACGACCGGCUCGUGCUACUCUCAAAAAGCGAAACCCCAACCCGCCCAAAGUUGCUACUCCGGAACGUCGUCCGCCGCAGCACGACCCCUCGCCUCCCCUGACACCUCAAGACUGGCUAGCAGCCGCAUCGCAAAGUCCCCAGUCUCGGAAGGAGCGGACUCACGAAAGUCAGCCCCAAGAGACGCAGGCUGGGCCCGCGCGCAUCGUCAGCAGAGCUGCGUUCCACGAUGCUCGCAGCAUCGAUUCCUAUCCAACCGAGUCCGAGGCUUCCAUCAUCCCAACGCUGGACAUGCACGGCCUCGAUAUGUUGCAACAACCCGUCCCUGUAUCCAUCCCUGUUCCUAUAGCCGAGCCACAGAAAGAGCAAGACCCAGCUCCCCGCCGGCGCCUCAGUUUCCGUCCCCGCUUCUUCAACCGCUCCACCGGCGGCGGAUCUCGCCGUCUCCAAUCCUCGCCCAUGGGCCACGAUUUCAUGGACGACGACCCUGAAGACGGCGCCCCGGCGCCCAACAUCCCGAAAACGAGAAACCCACCCAGUGCAUUUCGCCGUCCUACAUCCCAACUCUUAAUGGACCACGACGGAGGCCAACAAUCAUACACCUACUCCUCCAGCAUCCCCACCACCGCGGAAGGAUUCUACCAACUCGGUUCAAAAACCAUCCCCCGCUCCUUCACCGAAUCAAACAAUAUGGCCAUGGCGUCCCUACAUGCAUCGAACUCAACCUCGAACCGCCCCUCAACCUCCCACAGCAUGGACCACAAGCGCCGCACCAGCUCGCUCAGUAUCUUCGGCUGGAUGAAAGGCGUCAGUGGGAAACGCUCGGAGCCCGCAACUCCCAUAACCUCGGCGGAUAUGAAAGAGCCGCGUACGCUGUCGCGUCUUUCGGCGUAUGAGAAUAGUGAUCAUCCGACUUCUCCUUCACCUUCCGCUUCGCCGCUUGUGCGUACGUUUAGUGUGGAGAGCUUGGAUGCCCCUGUUGUCAGACCGAGGCCUUCAUCUGCCGCUACGGGUCAGUAUGAGGAGCAGUUUCGGAAGCCGAGGUAUAUGGGUCGGAGGGCCAGAAGGGGGUGA